AGAGAGAGAAAGAGAGAGAGAGAGAGAGAGAGAGAGAGAGGAGGAAGGAGUAGAGAGGAGUGCAGACUCAGAGCUCAGAGCUCAGAGCUUCACUUCCCCGCAGCAGCGCUCAGCUCACUCUGAGGGGCUUCAGUGCGAGUUUAAAGUGGUCUAAUCUGCCGGAGCGCGCGAGCAAACUGCACAAAACUUCCGCGUGGAGUCUCAGGCGCAGCUCACGAGGACAUUACAGCCAGAUUCAGGAUGGAUGAAGCGGAGAAGUACCAGCAGAGGCUGCAGGCUAUAGCGGAGAAGCGGCGGCUGCAGGAGGAGCAGGACCGAGCCAAACGAGCGCUGGAGGACGAAAAAAUACGACUACAGCAGCAAAAGAGAAAGUCCCUAAGGGAUCAGUGGCUGAUGGAAGGUCCCCCCACCUCUCCAGACUCCGCAGGACCCCGAUCACCUCUCUGGGGGUCAAAGGCCCAGCAGAUAGAAGCACACAUAGAGAAGUUGCAGAGUGAGACGGAGCGGCUGGGCGAGGCGGUGGAGAGGCUACAGGACCAGAUUGAGAACAGUUCAGAUUCAACACAGUCUCAUGCCGGUCACCACAGCAACACAGAGGGAGACACUGCAGCGACAGCAGGUCACUCGGUGGUCAACGACAUUCCAGAGGAAACUGCAGUCACUCCAAACGCUCCAUCUCUCACCAACGGCACCAUGGAGGAGGAGAAGCCCCACAGUGCCCCUGUGCAGGAUGGCUUAGUGCACGCUAACGGGCUAACCGAGGGCCCAGUCACUCUGACCUUCCUGGGUUUCUCAGAGGCGGAGCCUGGACAGGGCGUGAGUGACGACGACAGCACAAUCAUCCGAGCGGAGAGAGUGAUCAUCACCGAUGAGGGAGAGGUGAUUCCGGAAGCUUCCACGGAGGAGGAGACACCAGCCAAGGAACCAGGAGAGAACGUAGAACCGGCAGAGGAGGAGGCAGAAACACAAGGAGUUGAGAAUCAUCUAGAAGGUUCUGCUGAAGACGAUGAUCACACUGCACACGCUGCUGUUACAGAGGGAGAAGAAAAAACAACAGAAAACAACACAGACGCUAACGAAGAAACCACCUCAGAUGCUAAUGGGGAUACCAGUGCAGACGCUAAGGGGGAUACCAGUGCAGAUGCUAAUGGGGAUACCAGCGCAAACGCUAAUGGGGAUACCAGUGCAGAUGCUAAUGGGGAUACCAGGGCAGAUGCUAACAGGGAUACCAGCGCAAAUGCUAAUGGGGAUACCAGUACAGAUGCUUAUGGGGAUAUCAAGGCAGAUGCUAACGCUGAUAGCAGCGAAGAAGCUAUUGCAGUGAGCAACACAGAUAUCAAUGGAGAUACCAGUGCAGAUACCACAAGUGAAAAGAGCACUGAAAACCCCCACUUAGAUUCCUGUGCAGAUACCAGUGCUGAGAUCACAACCCCUCUAGUGGAGGAAAGUGCAGCAGAAGGAGUCGUAGAGCAGGAAGUUCUGGAGGAGCCGACGUCCUCUGAGCCACAGCUCCACAGAGAAACAGUAGAGGGCACUGUAGAGGCUCCAGCACAGUCCAGCGCAGCUCCAAACACUGAAACCAUCCAGCAGGAGGUGCUAAACCCAGCAGUGUCCUUCUCAAACUCCGAAACCCCCGCUCCGUCCUCACCGGGUCAGUUCCAGGACGUUCCCCUGGAUGGAGCAGCAGAGGAGUCCAGCCGGAAGCAGCUGGCCGACGGUCAGCUGGUGGAGGAGCAGCCGCUGCUGGCCUCUAAAGCCUCACCGCUGACUGACGCGGCCAGUCCAAACCGGGCCGAGGACGCUGUCGCCCCGAAGAGGAAAACCUGCCAGUGCUGCUCACUCAUGUGAUGUCAGUCAUGUGAUUUUUGCCUCCUGAGUCACUGUCUCAUCUUCUUCUGACCCCCCUACUGCUGAUCUACUGAGUUCUAGUUCUGAUCUACUGAGUUCUAGUUGGGGAACUCCACUGAUGUUUUUUAAAAUUUCUGAGAUGUAAACAGAGUGAUUCAGAGUAGUUUGAUGUGAAAUGGUUCAAAUUUCU